AUGAACGUUGAAGAUGUCAAUGUUAGUAAUGUUAGUGAUCAAGGAGGGAGAAACGCAGAAAUUAUCGAAAAUAAUGAUGUGCUUGCAUGUGACUGUGUGAAAAUUGGAAAAAAUGAUGUACAGAAACUGUUGAGGAGCGAGAAAUAUGCCUUGAACGUAGGCCCAACUAAUGGGAAAAAAAAAGAGAGAUUCGGAAACUAUCAAGAAAGAAAAGAACGCAUUGAACAUAGCCGAGUUAAAGCUGCUAUAAAAAUUCUAAUAUAUUGA